GUCUUCGGCACCAACGUGAUGGUGACGGUUGCCAAGUCAUUCGAGGCGCCCAUAAAACUGGUUUUCCCCCAAGACCUGCUGGAGAAAGGCUUGGAGGCCAAUAACUUUGCCAUGCUGGGCCUGGGAGACAUCGUCAUUCCAGGAAUCUUCAUUGCUCUGCUCUUGCGGUUUGAUAUCAGCCUGAAGAAGAACACGCACACGUAUUUCUACACCAGUUUUGUGGCUUAUAUCUUCGGGCUGGGGCUCACGAUCUUCAUCAUGCACAUCUUCAAGCACGCCCAGCCGGCUCUGCUGUACCUGGUCCCAGCCUGCAUCGGCUUCCCACUCCUGGUGGCUCUGGCAAAGGGAGAAGUGGCAGAGAUGUUCAGCUACGAAUCUUCCUCCGAAAUCUUGCCCCACACCCCGCGACUCACCCACUUCCCCAACAUCUCCGGGUCUCCGGCCAGCCUGGCUGAUUCCAUGCAGCAGACGCUGUCCUGUUCCCACAGACGCCGGCAGCAGACGCCUAGCGCCAUGUAGCCCCCCCACCCCGGGGCCAGGCCUCGCCUCUGCCCGCCUCUCUUUGUCUCUCCGCC